ACUUCAUUCACUGCUCUGCUUCGCCACGCGACGAACGGACACGGCGUGUCAUUGACGGCUCAGCAUUGAUGACCGACCCGAUUGAACACGCCGAAAUGGCGGCUCGCUCGCUCUUGGCUUCACCGCCCACGGGGCCCCGUCUAAAGUCCUGAACCAGAACAAUCUGCAGGAAUCAACCCCCGUACAUUUAUUCCCUGACUUAACUGGCCGUGCUUGUUCCCUGGAACACGGGGCCCAGAUGGGCCAGAUGUCAGUGUGCUGGUCCUUCUAAAGAGCUGCAUCGGCUCUCUUCAUCCUCUUGGAGCGUAGGUAGAGGCGUAGAGCGCCGCACACUCAUUUGCCACUUCGGUUCGGCGACGGUGGAGGCUGCCAACAUCCUCGGCGUCCUCCUUCCGGAGGCCACGCCAGAAAAAGAAAAAGAAACGGAAGCAACGGCAUAAUUGUUUUUUCAGAAAAAAAGUUCCGGAGGAGAAUUCAGGGUCCCUUCUUCUUUUAGAGUAGUAUUUUGUUUUCUACCAGAGCUGUUCGAUGACGAGAGGAACGGAAGUUGUUGUGAGAGCGCUGCUCGUUGCGGCGGCGGUAGCUGGGCUGUUGCUGUCGGCGGCGGCGGAGGACGGCGUUGUUAUCCAGCGGAGGUCGCUUCACCAGCCGUUUUUCCCCGUCGAUCCCACGCCGCCGCCGGGGUUCGACGACUCGAUCGUGCCGCCGCCGCCGCCGCCGGCGGCGGCGGCUGGGGCCGCGGCGGCGUCGGCCGCGUCGAAGGGCGGCGGGCGGUCCGUCACCAACGCCGUCGCGAUCGCGCUCGCCACGGGCCUCGUCGUGCUCGCGGUGGCGUUCUACUCGUGCUUCCUCCUGUGGCGCCGACGCUCCGACGGAGGAGGCGGGGGCGUGGGCGGCGACGGCCUCCGCGCCGUCAAGUCGUCGCGGCCAGGCGCCGUCGCCGUGAGGGUCGCCAGCGACGUGGGGAGCAGCGCGCGGCACCAGCGGUCGCCGCCGCCGAGCUCGACGGCGUCCGACGCGAUAUACCUCGACCCGCUCACGACGAUGGUGGAGGUGAGCCGGCACCGGCCGCAGAGCCCGGACCUCCGCCCGCUCGCGCUCGUCAAGCAGCCGAGCCCCGACCUCCGCCCGCUGCCGCCGCUGAAGCGGCCGGCGCCACAGCCGCCCCCUCCGCCGGCGUCCACGCCGCCGAUGACCACCACCACGGGGGACUCCUCCGACGAGGAGGACCAGGCCACGUACUACACCGCGCCCAAGACCGCCAAGUCCUCGUUCAGCCGCAGCACGAGCCAGCGCAGCACCGUGGAGCCGACAGUGGCUCAACCACCCGCGCCUGCUCCCGCGUCCACGCCCACGCCGCUGCCGCCGCAAGCUAACGCCCCCCGACCUGGUCGUCCGCCGCCGCCCCCGCCGCCGCCGAGGCAAAGGCUGCUGCGGCCGAUGCCCGAGGAGUCCCCACCCCCGGCCGUCCUCGCCAGUUUGGCGCUAACCAAUCCCCCUGAACCCUCUGGUCAGGACAGGGGAGGUGAGAACCCGGAUGGCCACGGCGGGAGAGCGCGGCCGCCGAAGCCACCGAGCCUGAAACCGCUGCACUGGGACAAGCUCCGCGCCAUCUCCGGCCGCACCACCGUCUGGGACCAGGUCAACAAUUCCGACUCGUUCCGCGUCGACGAGGCGGCAAUUGAGAGCUUGUUCCUGAACAACUCCGGCGGCGUGGGUAAUUCGGAUCAGGCGGCGAGGAGGGGAGGCGCCGGGAAGCAGGAGAGCCGGCUGCUCGACCCGAAGCGGCUGCAGAAUGUCGCGAUCAUGCUCAAGGUGCUGAAUGUGACAUCGAGUGACGUGAUUGGAGCACUCAUGCACGGAAAUGGAGAUCUGGGGUCUGAGUUCUACGAAACACUAGCUAAGAUGGCACCAACCAAAGAAGAAGAACUGAAAUUAAAAGGUUAUAAUGGCGAUAUAUCAAAACUUGAUCCAGCAGAACGCUUUCUGAAAGAUGUACUUGAUGUUCCUUUUGCCUUCAAAAGAGUAGACGCAAUGUUGUACAGAGCAAACUUUGGCGCUGAAGUGAAUUAUUUAAAGAAAUCUUUUGGAACGCUAGAGGCAGCUUGUACAGAUUUAAGGAGCAGCAAGCUAUUCCUGAAGUUGCUAGACGCAGUGCUCAAGACUGGGAACCGCAUGAACGACGGAACUAACCGAGGCGAGGCGAGGGCCUUCAAACUCGACACCCUUCUAAAGCUUGCAGACAUCAAGUCGACGGAUGGAAAAACGACAGUGCUCCAUUUCGUGGUUCAAGAGAUCAUCCGAUCCGAAGGCUUGGGUUCCGAUCAAGCAGCAGCAGCAGCAGCGAAUCCUGGAAGCACCAGCAAGGAACAGUUCAAGAAGGACGGCCUUCAAGUGCUUGCAGGGCUCAGCAGCGAGCUCUCCAACGUGAAGAGCGCGGCCGCCUUGGAGAUGGACACGCUGGUCGGCAGCGUCUCGAGGCUCGAAACCGACCUCGAGAAGGUGACGCUCGUCUCCCGGCUCAGGCAGACGUGUCCCGGUGACGAUCAGGUCUCAAGCGAGAAGUUCUUCGAGGCGAACGACGCGUUCCUCGGACGUGCUCACGCGGAGAUCGAGGCAGUGAAGGCGGCCGGGGAGCGCGCGCUGCAGCGCGUCAAGGAGACCACGGAGUACUUCCACGGGGACGCCGUCAAGGAGGAGCCUCACCCGCUGAGGAUCUUCAUGGUGGUGCGCGACUUCCUCGCGACGCUGGACCGCGUGUGCCGGGCCGUCGGCAGGACGCCGGAGAGGGUGAUGAUGGGGUCCGGCAAGUCGUUCCGCGUCUCGGCGGGCACAACCUCCCUGCCGCAGCGCCGGAACGACCAGCGGAGGGAGCUGAGCUCCUCUGACGAGGACAGCUCCUCGUCAUAGGGUAACACUACUAGGAAACCUUUUUUUUUUCUUUCUUUUUCUUUCUCUGGCGCGUAGAGUAGUUCGGGAUCGAGGCCUGUGAUUCUUGCAGAUUUGUUGAGCAUGUGUAGCCAACGUCAGAACUCAAUAGGUGAAAGUUACUGUGUAGUUUCUACAAAGUACAAAGGUUAAAAGAUAUGUAUAGCUGUACAAAGACGGGGGCUUCUUAUUAUGGUAUGUUUUCUCUGUUACAUUUGUAAUUGUGAUUAGUUUAAAGUUUGUAGAUGGCGCAAGCUUACUGAA